GCAAGCCCAGGCGCACUUCCGGGACGGGCGUCGCGCUGGAUCUGGCCGAGGUUCGAUCUUGGGUGUCCCCUCCAUCUUCCAGGAGUCUCCUCUGUGUCAACCCCACCUUUUGCCCCCCCCCCACCUUUGCAGGAAAACUGUAGUCUCUUUGCCAAGCUGGGCAAGUGGGCAGGACCAAGCAGUGCCCACCUCACAGUGACCACCCCACAGGCUAGGGCUCCAGAGAGCUCCCAAGAUGGGUGAAAGGAAAGGCGUGAACAAGUACUACCCCCCGGACUUCAACCCAGAGAAGCAUGGCUCUCUCAAUCGCUAUCACAAUAGCCACCCCCUUCGGGAGCGGGCUCGGAAGCUGUCACAAGGAAUCCUCAUCAUCCGAUUCGAGAUGCCAUAUAAUAUCUGGUGUGAUGGCUGUAAAAACCACAUCGGCAUGGGUGUUCGCUAUAAUGCGGAAAAGAAGGUUGGACAUUACUACACCACCCCAAUCUACAGAUUCCGGAUGAAAUGCCACCUGUGUGUCAAUUACAUCGAGAUGCAGACGGACCCUGCCAACUGCGACUAUGUGAUCGUGAGUGGUGCUCAGCGUAAGGAAGAGCGCUGGGACAUGGAGGACAAUGCACAGGUGCUGACCACAGAGCAUGAGAAGAAAGAGAAGCUGGAAACCGAUGCCAUGUUCCGCCUGGAGCAUGGGGAGGCGGACCGCAGCACACUCAAGAAGGCCCUGCCCAGCCUCAGCCUCAUACAGGAGGCCCAGAGUGCCUGGAAGGAUGACUUCGCCCUCAACAGCAUGCUACGCAGGAGGUUCCGGGAAAAGAAGAAAGCCAUGCAGGAGGAGGAGGAGAAGGACCAGGCCUUGCAGGCCAAAGCCAGCCUGGCCAUCCCGCUAGUGCCUGAGACGGAGGACGACCGCAGACUGGCCGCACUGCUCCGGUUCCACACCCUGGACUCCUAUGAGGACAAGCAGAAGCAGAAGCGGUCAGAGGUCAUCAGCCGCUCCUGGUUCCCAGCAAUGCCCGGGCCUGGGGCCACCAGCAGCAAAGCCAUCGGUGUCCUGAAGAAGCUAUCCCAGGCUCGCAGGGCCACGGUACCCACCAGCUCGCCCUUUACCGUGGGAGACCUGGGCAUCGUGCGACGGCGCUGCUCCCAGGACGGUCUGGAGACUCCGCCGCACCCCGAGAGCCCCAGCCCUGCGGAGCCCCAGGGAACCGCACAGGACCUACCAGCACCCCUCCAGGACUGCCAUCAGGACACUCCCCAACCCAGCAGGCCGCAGGUGGAGCCUCAGGACAAAGCCCUGGCUCCACCAGCCCCCUCCCUGGAGAUCGCCGCACCCCGCAGACCUGGAGACUCCCCAGAUGCCCCGCACCCCGAUGGCCCCAGCCCCUCGCUAGUAGCUGACUACUCAGGCUCUGAGAGCGAGUGAGGACGGCUACGAUCCCGGAGACCCGGACACAGACUGCAGCCCUUCCCACACCCCGCCUCCCCACAAUGAAGUUAUUUAUUUGGUCUUGUUGACUGGCGCCCCCACAUUAAAGCCCUAUUCAUUGUC